AUGCAUCUAAGACAGCUCACACGUCAUAUUCGAGCAUAUAUAGGCGAGAAGCUGCAUGCAUGUACGUUUCCUGGUUGUGUUAAAAGAUCCAGUAGAUCUGAUGAAUUGACUCGUCAUUCAAGGAUCCAUAAUAAUAUACGUAUAAAACGAGGCCAUGUUCAAUUUUUGUAUAAUAAUUCUGGAGUAUUUGGGAUACAGAGUCCAGUCGUUUCUACUGCAGGGGCUUUUUGGCCAUAUACAUUACAGGGAUUACCUGUUGCUAAUGUGUCAUCUUUGGUACGUGUAUCUUCACAUUCUUCUGAAUGUAUGCAUGGGCCUAAUAGUUCCCGAAAAGUCUCUGCAUUGCAUCCACAGAUUUUGCUUAUGCCUCUUGAUGAUAUGCAGAUUUCUUUCCGUAGUUCAAAGCAAGAUUUUUCAACUCAUACUUGUUUGCAGCAUAAUCUAAAUGAGAUGCAUAUUAGAUCAUUGCUUUCUUUGCUUAUAAGUAAUGGGUUUUGA